AUGUUACAAGUGAAUUAUCUCUGGCGGUUCAGUGUGUCCAAACUUAUUUUCCUUUUUUUCCUUCCCCUAUGGAUCGGAUUUUUGAACCAUGUUAGUGUUCUACAUGAAAAUACAGCGUUGAAGUCAAGUGUUGUGGGAUCCCUAAGACAAUUAUCCACCAUAUCAAAAAUUGUAAAGCAUUAUUAUCCGCAAGCUAAACUAAAGGGAAUAAGUGAACAAGGGGAGAAUGAGGGGGAGGACGAAGGGGAGAACAAGGGGGAGGAUGCGGACAUAGUUGCAGAAUUAAAGACAUUAACGAUGUUAAGAAAUAAAGUCAAAACUGGAAUCUCAAGUCGGAAAAACAUAAUAAAUAACCUUAACCUGUAUACACAAUUUUUAACAAAGGUGAGAAAAAAAAUGAUGAAUAAAUUAUCAGAAGAGUUAUCUCGGAUAGCUAGAGAAAAUGGAAUAUCCGAGAAAGAGAAAAAGAAAUUAUGGAAUGAAUGUGAAAAAUCAAUAGAUCAACAAUUUGAACAUGUGAAGAAAUGCUAUGGUGAUAUUGUUCAUGUUUAUUCUAAUGCUAGGUGGAUAUUGGGAAUAGUCUCCUCCAGUGUGUUAAGUAAUUAUAUUAAAGUGUGGGAAAGUGUUUUAUUUAAUAAUGAAAAAAAGUGGAGUGAGAUUUUUGUGCAGAGAAUACUACAAAAUAAUUCUUCGGCCGUAACGCAGAAUGCAGAUUUGAGUAACGGCGGCAAUGUGGAGAAGGGGAAGGCAGCCGUUCAUUGUUAG